CGAGUCUUUGAAAGUCUCGACUUGAUUUCGGUGGAGAGAGACCAUGUCCGCCGUCAUAAGCAAACUGUACUUACCUCCACUCUCAUUGCCAAGUCAUUCUUCAUGAAAUAGCUGCAACGCGGGGCGUCAGGGAUGGCCAACUCGGGCGCUGUUCAGGUGAAACUAGAACUCGGCCAUCGUGCCCAAUUCCGAAAGAAACCCACGGUGGAAGGCUUCACCCACGACUGGAUGGUGUUUGUCCGCGGACCGGAGCACAGCAACAUUCAGCACUUUGUGGAGAAAGUUGUCUUUCACCUGCAUGAAAGUUUCCCAAAACCAAAAAGAGUUUGCAAGGAUCCACCAUACAAAGUAGAGGAGUCAGGAUAUGCCGGCUUCAUCUUGCCUAUUGAAGUUUACUUUAGGAAUAAGGAAGAACCAAAGAAAGUUCGCUUUGACUACGACCUCUUCCUCCACCUGGAGGGCCACCCGCCUGUCAAUCAUCUCCGCUGCGAGAAGCUGACGUUCAACAGCCCGGCUGAAGACUUCCGUCGCAAGCUACUGCGAGCUGGGGGGCAACGAGACCCGCACAAACGCACCUCAGAGGACUCAAAAGUGAUGGUCAUGCAGGAAGGCUCGACAUCCUUGUUUGGGCACCACAUGAAGCUCCCUAUGCUUCCCAAUACCUCCUUGAUGUCUCCUUUCCCCGAUUCCCGGAAGAGCAAAAGCUCGCUUGGGUCAAAGGACAUCUCAAAAGGAAGUGGCGGUACACUCUUGACCACAGCCACAACCACCACCAGCACCACCAACAGCAGCAGCAGCUUCUCCAAACUCCACAAGCCCUGCAAGGACCACAAAGACAAGCCUGCGAAAGACUUGAAAGAAACCAAAAGUGCCUUGAGAGACUCUUCCCUGGAGUCCAGCAAAGCCCCUAAAGAGCCUUCCAAAAAACCCAAAGAGAACCAGCCACUUAGAGAUAUCAAUCCUAAAAUGGGAUUUAAGGAGCCGAAGUCUAUGUCCAAUCACGGCUCAGGGCCCAACAAGCGUCUGUCUGCUUCUGAUGCGGACAAUCGCGUCACCAAAAAGAGCAAAAAAGGAUUUGCGGAUUCGUCUGUGAAGCAGACGGAUGCUCAACAUGCCGAUAAAAAACUGCUGAAGGAGCGUUCACAAAUGCGGAGUAGUAAAUUGCAUCCAGAGGGCGAGCAAGUGGACCACAGGAAACUGUCAACACUUCCCCCCUUCCACGAAGUGGUGGACCACAAUGACUCUGACAUGGAGUCCGCCAAGUCAGAUUCCGAACAGCCCAGUCCAGUCAGCUCCAGUUCCAGUUCAGGCUUUGGUCCCACACACCACAGACGCCAAGUGCUGGGUCCACUGCAGUCGGUGAUGCAGGAUCUGCACUCGGACGACGACGACAACGAUUCUGAGGACGACGACGACCUCGACUUGGAUUCAGACGCAGAGCGGCCAGCGCACACCCACCUCACACACCACCAACGCAGGGUCAGUUUGAGCGACGGCAGCGAGAGUGACAGCUCCGCCCCCUCACCGCCUUCACGUAAUGACGUCCCGGGCUUACUUAAGACUACUAAUAACCAGAUACUGGAGGUGAAGAGUCCCAAAAGGCACAGCAAGCAGGACAAAAGCAAAAACGUAGAUUGUGACAAGGCGUACCUUGAUGAGUUGGUGGAACUGCACAAAAGGCUGAUGACCCUAAGAGAAGGCCACAUCCUGCAACAGAUCGUCAACCUCAUCGAAGAGACCGGCCACUUCCACAUCACAAACACGACUUUUGACUUUGACCUGUGCUCAUUGGACAGAAGCACAGUAAGGAAACUCCAGAGUUACCUGGAAACUUCCGGACUGUCCUGAAGCCCUUUUUCGUAUGGCGGCAGCUUGAACGUGUGAUUUUUUUGUUCUGGUUUUUCUUUCGGAGAAUAACUUAACAUUGGAUGAUAUGCAAAGAGCCUCGCCGUGGUUGGUGGGCUGGAUCCAGUUGAGUUAUGGGAUGAGCCCCGGCGCCGAUCAGAUCACCUGCAAAGCCUUGAAACCUUCUAAAACACAUGGGGGACCUUUUUGCUCUUAAUGAAUGUGCAGAUGGUUGCCAUGUAUGCGUCUUCAGUUGUUGUCCAGUUUGACACGUGCAUGGUCAACAUUGCCUUACAACGUUGUACUAUAAUGUUUUAUUUAUUGAAUUUGUGUGCGUGCGUGCGUGCGUGCGUGCGUGUGUGUGUGUGUGUGUGUGUGUGUGUGUGUGUGUGCGUGUGUGUUACAAGUAGCCAAAAAAACGACUUUGUUGAAGCACUUCACAGCAGGCACGGUGAUGUUUGCGUGACGGUUACUUUGACCCUCAGUCGGUCACUGACUUGAAAUCAUGACGAUGGGAUCUCGUACGAAUCCUGUGCACAUGUUUACAACAAUCAAAAGCUACUUGUAAAUAUGUGACUUAAGUAGUAUACAUAUUAUAUAUGCAAAGCAGCUGUCCCCUGCCGACAUCCUGUGAGGCCCAGCUGAGUGGUUCGGUGACUGAAGUGAAAGUGAAACAGAAGCACAUUUUUUGGGACCAAAUCCUGGAAGGAUGUGCUGCCCAGUGGCGUCAAAGUUUUUGUCGCAUAGUCUUUUUUUUUGGUCUUCGCCAAUAGAACAUGCCAAACGUACGAGUGUUUAAUGCACAAAAAACUGCUGCAAAAAUUUCUGCAAGUUUGGAGGAAAACAAGCAGUCAGUGAACGUCGGCUGAAGACUAACUGUUACGGGUGUGCGAAUAAAAUGUUAUUUAUUUUGUGUCAACAUUUCCAAGGACAAUUACAUUUUUGUUUUUAACGUGUGAUUUGUAAUGUCUGAGAUGUUCAGGAUGACUAAUGGGCCUUUCCAAAAAAAAACUAAAAGGGUUUACGUACGUCCUUGUCUUAUGGUAUCUUAUGUAUUUUGAGCACAUACAAUAAACUCUGUAUGAUGUACA